AUGGCGUCAAAUUCAUGGCCUCUUCCGAUCCAUACUCCCUCUUAUAACAUUUGCACCACCACUCCUUUAUUAUCAUUCCACCGCCAUGCCUUAACAAAAGCUCUCCCGGCCGGCGGUGCCGGGAGGCCUUUCUUCCCACCACAUGUUGUACAUAAGCGCUCCUCAUUGUAUUCAACAAUAUACUCACUUUCCACUCCACCACCACAACCACCACCUCCGAAGCAACAACAAUAUGACCAUCAUCUUCAUCUUGAUCACCACCACAAAUUGUCUCCAAACUCUUGCCCUUUAACUCCUGUGGGAUUUCUCGAAAGAGCCGCCGUGGUUUACGGGGAAUGCCCUUCAAUCAUUUACAAUGAAACGACACAAACAUGGUCAGAAACAUACACCAGGUGCCUGAAACUCGCUUCUGCGAUUUCAUCAUUACGGAUCAAGAAGGGCGACGUCGUUUCGGUCGUCGCCCCGAAUAUUCCAGCCAUGUACGAGCUCCAUUUUGCAGUCCCAAUGACUAAUGCGAUUCUCAACACCAUUAAUCUUCGCCUUGAUGCCCGCAACAUAUCCGUCCUACUCCAGCACUGCGAGUCAAAGCUCGUUUUCGUUGACCAUCAGUCAACCAACGUGAUUCUUGAUGCCAUUUCUCAAUUCCCUCCACAUUCCAAAAAACCAAUCAUAAUCCUAAUCUCCGAACCCGGAUUCGAUCGCAACAACAACAGCAACGAGUUCCAAGUUACUUUCCAUGAUAAUACAUACGAAGACAUGGUCAAACUCGGGGAUUUAGACUUUGACUGGGUCCCGCCGGAGGACGAGUGGCAACCGAUGACGCUGAAUUACACCUCCGGCACGACUUCUUCACCCAAAGGCGUGCUUCACAGCCAUCGGGCCCGUUUCAUUCAAUCCAUGGACGGAUUGAUGGACUGGCAGUUGCCGAAACAAUCAACCUACUUAUGGACGCUCCCGAUGUUCCACUCCAACGGUUGGAGCUACACUUGGUCAACCGCCGCUGUCGGCGCGGUCAACGUGUGUCUACGCCGAGUCGACGCGCCGUCGGUCUUUGAGGCCAUCGACAAACACGGAGUCACACACAUGUGCGGUGCCCCGGCGGUGCUAAACAUGUUAUCAAAUUUCCCUGCCCAAAGAGGAAAACUGGAACAUCCGGUCCAUAUUUUGACCGCCGGGUCUCCCCCGCCUGCCCCGGUUAGGGAUAGGUCUAAGGACGUGAUUAUUUGUGGCGGGGAGAAUUUGAGCAGCGUGGAGGUGGAAUCGGUGUUGUACACUCAUCCGGCGGUGAAUGAGGCGGCUGUGGUGGCCAGGCCGGAUAAGUUUUGGGGGGAAACGCCCUGUGCUUUCGUGAGCUUGAAGGCAGAGGCGGAGGUAAAGCCGUCGGAGAAAGAUGUCAGGGAGUUUUGCAAGGCGAGAUUGCCGCUAUACAUGGUGCCGCGAACGGUGAUGUUUAAGGAAGAGCUUCCGAAGACGUCCACCGGCAAAAUUCAGAAGUUUCUGCUUAGGGAAUUGGCCAGACGGCUUUAAAGCUAGCUGGGAAAUAGUGUGGGAAGUUCCUUAACCUUAAAAUCUGGAUGGAAGAUGUUAACAAAAAAAAAAAAAAAAAUCUGGAUGGAAAAUGAGGUACAAUAUCAACAUGUUGUAAUAACUUAGAGUUCAAGCCAAUUACCUCCGUUAUUGCACAACAAAAAUUUAAUUUUUUUGAUAAGUUUUCCGGAUAUCCAUAGAGCUAAAAAUUGUGGUCAAG